UUUGUAAGUAUUUUGUAGAUUCCAACUCCAAACACCAAACUGAAGAGAGAAAGAAAGAAAGAAGAGAGAACAAAUUUCACAAAUCUCUCUCUCUCUUUCUCUCUCUCUCUAGAUUUAUCCCAAAUCAAUGGCCGACGACGAACCAUCAAUCACUCGCUGGUCCUUCAUGGAUUUUAAAAUGUUUUAUGAUGCCAAGUUUGGUAGAAAGAGGGCACCACUGCCACCCACUGAUUCGCAGAAUGAUCAAUCCAAUGUCACUAAUAAUGGAACCACCAACUCAUCUGACUUGGCUAUCUAUGAGCAGUUUCAAAAUCAGGGAAGGGGAUCUAAUCAACAGAAUGGUGUUAUUGCAAAUGGAAAUGGCCAAAUUCCGCAAAAAUCUCUUCUCCCAGCUUUUGAAUCUGCAGAAACACGUUCUCUAGCAGAGAGUAUAUGUAGGGACAUUGUUCGUGGGACUCAAGAUGUUACAUGGGAUAGUAUCAAAGGUCUAGAGAAUGCCAAACGUUUACUUAAAGAAGCGGUAGUCAUGCCAAUUAAAUAUCCCAAGUAUUUUACUGGUCUUUUAUCACCAUGGAAAGGUAUUCUCCUUUUCGGUCCUCCUGGAACAGGAAAGACCAUGCUUGCCAAGGCUGUCGCAACAGAGUGUAAUACUACUUUUUUCAACAUUUCAGCAUCAUCCGUUGUCAGUAAAUGGCGUGGUGAUUCUGAGAAGUUAGUGAAGGUGUUAUUUGAGGUAGCAAGGCACCAUGCUCCAUCGACCAUAUUCAUUGAUGAAAUUGAUGCAAUUAUUAGUCAACGUGGUGAAGCACGCAGUGAACAUGAAGCAAGUAGGCGUUUGAAAACUGAACUUCUCAUACAGAUGGAUGGUUUGACGCGGACAGAUGAACUUGUUUUUGUGUUGGCUGCAACAAAUCUUCCCUGGGAAUUGGAUGCAGCCAUGCUCCGUCGUCUUGAGAAGCGUAUCUUAGUGCCUCUUCCGGAACCAGAAGCAAGAAGAGCUAUGGUCGAGGAGCUCCUUCCAUCAAAGCCUAGCGAAGAGAAUCUUCCUUACGACACUUUGGUAGAAAAGACAGAGGGUUUCUCCGGUUCUGAUAUCCGGUUAUUGUGCAAAGAGGCGGCCAUGCAACCAUUAAGACGGUUGAUGGCACAACUUGAAGAUAAACUCGAAGUAGUGCCCGAGGAUGGUAAGUGUUUCGUGUUUCAAGUCAAGUUUCUUUCAAAAGCACAUUUCAUUUCUACUGCAUACAUAGAGCUAAUGUUAAUCAAUUUUCGGGUUGCUGCAGAACUGCCAAAGGUUGGACCAAUCACUCAUGAAGAUAUAGAAGCGGCACUCAAAAACACGAGGCCGUCUGCUCAUCUCCAUGCUCACCGCUACGAGAAGUUCAACAGUGACUACGGCAGUCAAAUUCUCCAAUGAAGGCAUUGUUUCGUUCGUUUGUCUCUAAUGUGUUUUUCAUCAUCUCUUUAUUAUCUUCAAUAAUCAUUCUUGAAGCCGGGGAGUUUACGAGUAACACUUCUCAUGGUUUUGUUCAUUUAGAAAGGAAAUAGCUUCUUAGCUUUGAUUUUAUGGACUAGAUGGAAAUGUUUUUUGAUCUCAUGCUCACUUGAUGUCCUUUCGUCAUUUAAUGAAAGUAGUCACAAAAUGCUUCACUUCAAUUUGAAAUGUAAAAUAUGGGCAAAUUUAGUACAAUUGUAACUUAUGUAUUAAUCAGUUUUAAUCAUUUGUGCUUUUUUGAGUA